UUUCUCUCUCUCUCUCACUCACUCUCGAUUCCGAUCAUCAGGUAUGGGAUCACAGAACUUCUUGUGGCAACUCACAAAGAGGACUGUGACUGGUGCUCUGAUCGGGAUUACAAUUUCAGAUCGAUAUGUGACUGUUAGCUCCAUAAGAGGCAGCUCCAUGUAUCCUACAUUUCAAACAACUCCUGCAACUUUUCCGGGUUCCCUGAAAGGUGAUCUUGUGUUGGCCGAAAGGUUCUGUCUUGAGCGGUACAAAUUCUCACUAGGCGAUGUGAUAAUAUUCCAGGCUCCGGAUAACCACAAGAGGAACUUGGUCAAGAGAUUAAUUGCUUUGCCUGGCCAGUGGAUCCAAAUUCCUGAGUCUUCUGAGAUGUUGAAAAUUCCAGAAGGGCAUUGCUGGGUGGAGGGUGACAAUUCAGCUUGUAGUUUGGACUCGAGAUCUUUUGGUCCUAUAAUGCGACAGUAAAAAACUUGUCUGAAUUUAAGGAUUGAUACAAAGUCUCUUUAAAAGUGUGGAGUACAUGGCGGCGCUAUAAUGCCCUUAUGAGUGAUGGGUAACACAGAAUAUGACUGUAAAUCAUUCUGAAAUUGAAGAUUGAUACAAAGCUACUAUUAACAUUUGUGCACUAUUCACUUGAAGUGAUUGUUGUAAAAUUUGAUGCACACAGAGAUAAUUAUAAUGUUGGGUGUUUUGACUGUUACACUUUUGUGAGCCGGCCGUUUGUGCCGUUUGACAGUAAUAUCGUAAAGUAUCAACUGAAUGAACUCUGUUUGCAAGAGUUUAGGAUUGAUAAAAGAAAUGAAAAAAUGUUGAAACUUUUGUGAGUCUGUGACUGAUGAAUGAAUUGAUAGUUAUUUC